AUGGUGAAAGUGAAAGGGCCUUUUGGGAGAUUUUGGUUUGGAGUUGGAGUAGGAAUUUUGUCGGCCAUUGUUGUUAUUGGGCUUAGAGGAAAAUCGAUAGCUAUGCAGAGCUCGACGAUCUUCUUCACAGUUCCUGUUCGUGUAAGAUCGGUUUUGACUCCAGCGAAUCCGAGCACCGAUCGAGGUUCAAUGGCGACUUCUUCUUCUUCUGGUCCGAAGUGGGCUCAGAAAACCAUCACGCUUCCACCGCUAAAACGUGGAUGUCAUCUCAUCACUCCUAAGAUUGUGAAGGAAAUAGGGAAAGACUUGUCAGAUUUCAAUUGUGGCCUUGCUCAUGUCUUCUUACAACACACAAGUGCUUCUCUGACCAUCAAUGAGAAUUAUGAUCCAGAUGUUCAAGCUGAUACUGAGACUUUCUUGAACAGGAUUGUUCCUGAGGGGAAUUCAGCUCCUUGGAGGCAUACAAUGGAAGGUCCAGAUGACAUGCCAGCUCAUAUCAAAUCUUCAAUGUUUGGAUGCCAACUCACAAUCCCAAUUACAAAAGGAAAACUUAACAUGGGAACUUGGCAGGGAAUAUGGCUAUGUGAACAUCGUGAUGCUCCAACAGCACGAAGAGUUGUCGUCACUCUCAAUGGAAUCUAG